AUGUCUUCUUCGAGGGGGGACAACGACGAAGACGCCAUUGGAAAUGGCUCUGAGAUGGAUGAAUUGGGUGACAAAGUCAGUGGAAAUGGCGUCGGCCGGGUUUUUGUUAGGGCUUCAUCCAAGGGGAGAGCCUCCUCGUCCUCUUCCACCGCCGCUUCCUCCGCCGCACAACAGCAGGAGAAAAAGGAGGUUUUCUGGGCCCCGGCGCCACUCACGUCGAAGUCAUGGGCUGACGUUGACGACGAGGAUGAUGACGACUACUACGCCAUCACCGCUCCACCUCAAUCCGUUUGGGGCGCUCCUGUUGCUGCUGCAGCUGAAUUCGAGGCCCAUGCUGAGUUGGAUGUGUUAGGCAAUGCUGUUUUGAAGGUUGGAUUGGAUGGGUUUAAUGGUGUCUUUGAGGAGAAAGAGUUGCGUUGA